UCCCAGUGAAUUAGGGACAGGUGUUCGUUGGGGAGCGGCCGACGCGUUCCUCACGUUGUCUCUCCGUGCCUGGGCUUAGUUUAACAACUUGAGAUUUAUAAUUAUUAUUUUUUUUACAACUCCUUUCUUUUUAAUUUAAAUUUUGUGGUAAUUUUAGACGUCUGCGACCUUCCCGGGGGGAGAACAGACGUGAAUAAGAUCCGAGGCUGAGGCCACACGGAGUAGUUUCCAGUUUAGCAGCAGUUCAGUCCGGACAGGGCUGGACCUCAAGCCACAGCACCGAGCCGCUCCCUUGUUGAUCACAAUCACCGCAUUACUGCUCGGGAAGUGAGGAAGGAAAAGGUUUUUGUACACAAUAUGGACAGUAUGCUAGACAGUCUCUCAAAAACUGAGUUCAUCAGUGUUUGUGUGCGGGAUCCGAGACUUGUUAAAGAUGACCUCUGGCACACGCACAUCGACUACCAGAUAUGUUUACAUACCAACAGCAUGUGUUUUCGGAAGAAGACCUCCUGUGUAAGACGACGUUACAGUGAUUUUGUUUGGCUGCGUCAUUGUCUGGAACAGAAUGCUCUGGUUAUAGAAUUACCCAAGUUGCCACCCUGGAAUCCCUUCUUUAGUCUGAGGAACACAGAGCAGGUCUCACAUAGGAUGAAAGGCUUGCAGGAGUUUUUAGAAAUCAUUCUUCAAGCACCUCUGUUGUUAUCGGACAGUCGUCUUCAUCUGUUCCUCCAGUCAAACCUCAGCAUCACAAAGAUUGAAAAGUGUGCCCUUGGCAAGACCAAGUACACGGUAGCAGAAGCCAUACAACGCUCCAGCAGCAGUUACCUCAGUAGAUUAGAAGAUAAGGCCUCAUGUGACUCUGACUGUGAAAGCAGCUCUUCAUCGUCGGGCUUGGGAGUAAGCAUGGAUGCUUCAUUGCGAGGAAGCCCCCUGCUCUUCCUCGAGUCCCCUGACAGAGACCCAGAGCUGUUUGGCUGUCUUUCCGAGUCCUAAACACCGCCCAUUGAGCCGUGAUGCACAGCAGUUGUACCUUCUCAUUUUGUUUGGUUGUCUCAGCCUGUUGGAGAUUCUCCAUGGAGCUCUCAUUUUUCUUAGUUAACUUCCAGAGGACAAAAGGUUUUGUUUUAUUUUUGUUAAUGACAUUGUUCUCAUUUGACAUUUGUUGUUUUUAAUAUUGAAUGCUUUAGUUUUCUCUUAAA